AGGUGGUGGCGGAAACAGGAAAGGCAAGAGUAAGAAAUGGCGCCAGAUGCUGCAGUUCCCCCACAUCAGCCUCUGCGAGGAUCUUCGACAAACCCUCGAGCGGGACUACCACAGCCUAUGUGAGAAGCAGCCCAUUGGGCACAUGCUCUUUCGGCAGUUCUGUGAGACACGACCUGAGCUGUCACGCUGCGUCAAGUUCCUGGAUGCUGUGGCAGGGUACGAAGUGGCUCCAGAUGAGAAGCGGAAGGAAUGCGGGCAGCACCUGAUUGAAAAGUACUUGAAGCCAAAUAGUGAGGACCAUGUGCCUGAAGUCCCCUCACAGCUGGUGGAUGCCUGUUGUGAGAGGCUGGAGCAGGAACCUUCCAAGGAACUCUUCAAGGAAUCCACUAAGCUUAUCCACGACUACCUGAGCGUGGCUCCCUUUGCUGACUACCUCGACAGCUUGUACUUCAACCGCUUCCUGCAGUGGAAAUGGCUGGAACGGCAGCCAGUGACCAAAAACACUUUCCGCCAGUACCGUGUGCUGGGCAAGGGCGGUUUUGGGGAGGUUUGUGCCUGCCAAGUGCGUGCCACAGGGAAGAUGUAUGCCUGCAAGAAGCUAGAGAAGAAACGGAUCAAAAAGCGGAAAGGAGAGGCCAUGGCCCUGAAUGAGAAACAGAUCCUGGAAAAAGUGAACAGUAGGUUUGUAGUGAGCUUAGCCUAUGCAUAUGAAACUAAAGAUGCUCUCUGCCUAGUGCUGACCCUCAUGAAUGGAGGGGACCUCAAGUUCCAUAUCUACCACAUGGGAGAGGCUGGCUUCGAGGAGCCCCGGGCAGCUUUCUAUGCUGCCGAAAUCUGCUGUGGCCUCGAAGACUUGCACCAGGAGAGAAUAGUGUACAGGGACCUGAAGCCAGAGAACAUAUUGCUGGAUGACCACGGUCACAUCCGUAUCUCAGACCUGGGGCUAGCUGUGCACGUGCCGGAGGGCCAAACAAUCAAGGGCCGGGUGGGGACAGUUGGCUACAUGGCUCCGGAGGUGGUGAAGAACGAGCGCUACACGUUCAGCCCAGACUGGUGGGCCCUGGGCUGCCUGGUGUACGAGAUGAUCGAGGGACAGUCCCCCUUCCAGCAGCGCAAGAAGAAGAUCAAGCGGGAGGAGGUGGAGCGGUUGGUGAAGGAAGUGCAGGAGGAGUACUCGGAGAAGUUCUCGCCCUCUGCCCGCUCCCUCUGCACCAUGCUCCUGUGCAAAGACCCUCUGGAGCGCCUGGGGUGCCGAGGAGCUGGGGCCAAGGAAGUGAAGGAGCACCCUCUCUUCAAGCACCUCAACUUCAAGAGGCUGGAAGCAGGCAUGCUGGACCCUCCCUUCAAGCCAGAUCCCCAGGCCAUCUACUGCAAGGAUGUUCUGGACAUCGAGCAGUUCUCCACAGUGAAAGGGGUGGAGCUGGAGCCCACAGACAAUGACUUCUACCAGAAGUUUGCUACGGGAAGCGUGCCGAUUCCUUGGCAGAAUGAGAUGAUCGAGACAGAGUGUUUUAAGGAGCUGAAUGUCUUUAGCACAGACGGCACAGUGCCCCCAGACCUGGACUGGAAAGGGCAGCCUUCUCCACAGCCCAAAAAAGGGUUACUCCAGCGCUUAUUCAGCAGACAGAGGUGAGCAGUCUGUCCUGGCUGCUCUGCUCAGGGAAAUACCCGGUGGCCCGCGGACUUGGCAAGAUCUGGGAAAGAGGAGUGUUGUCCUUCAGUGCCUAACCCCUUCCCCCAGCAGAGCACAAGCUGCUUGUUGUUCUAACUGCCCCCUGAGCCACUAAUCUUGCUUCCCUACUCUUGCUGCCUUCGUGGGGGAGGCCUUGCCCUCAGCUUGAGCCAAAGCUGCCCCUGCACCGCCGCUGCUGGGAGCUCUGCUCCCAGGGGGGCUGUGGGAAGUUCCCUUCACUCCUCUCUUUGGAUGUCCAGGACACACAGAAAGGUUGAGAAACCAUGAAGGUUUGGCAUUGCCCCGUGCUCAGACUCCCUCCCAUUCCAGCAAAAAGGGCUUCAGCUGCUUCUGCAGCCGUCUGAGCCUUGAGCAGGGCAGAUCCUCUGUGCUGGCACUGAGCUGUCUCCCUGGGUGGCUGUAGUCUGUGGAGCCCAUCUUCUUCCCAGCUUCUGAGCUAGUCAGCUGUGUGCUCACCGGUCUGUAUGCCAGGAGCUGAACCCCCAGAUGCAGCUUGACUGUUUCUCUGCAGGCUGGGGGUCCCCUCCAGCCCCUUGCCUCCAUGUAGCUCUCCCACGCACAGGCCUGGGGGGGACCCGGCUCUUCCCUGCCAGAGGGCAGCUGUAGGCUGGGUUGUGUGACCGUGCUCACCCUCUGCUUGCUGUGCUCCUCUCUCUCCCUUCUCCCUCUCCUUGCCCUUCUGACUUCAGGACUGUUGUGGAAACUGCAGCGACAGUGAGGAAGAGCCCACCCGGCUGUAGAGCACAGCUUGUUCUCCAGCCCCUGGGACCCCCUUCCCUCUCCGGGUGCCCAGCAGAACAACAGCCCAGCCUGAAGGACAAAGGUAGCAGUGGCCCCACAAGGUGGAUUUGUUUACAGCUUUACACGUCUGUAUUUGAAAACUGUGAGGAUGGCUCCAGGGCUGGGGGCAGCAUGCGGCUCGGGCCAAGGCGCCUUUGGCCAUGGGCAAGCCCCUCAUCCCCAAGACAGACCUGGACGCUUUUGAAUCUGCCGCUUGGGAUUGUGUUGCUGCCGCCCACCGGCUGCUGCUCCCCUCCUGAGCCCAGGGUGGGAGGGAGGGAUUGCGCCAGCGUGGGCCGAGGCCAGGCUGGAGCAGCUCUGCUGACACAUUCCACGGUGCCAAAGCGGCACUGCAGGUUUGGUGUAUAUUUAUAUACGUCGGUCUGUACAUAUCACAUGUUAGUUUUUAAUCUAUAGGUGGGGACCUGCAGUGCCCCCACCCUGUCACAGGCACAAAUGUCCUCCUAUGGGGGGAGCAACAGUGCCAGCUUUGUACCAGGGAGUCCUGGGCAGAGGCCUUCUGUGCCUUGAGGUGUCUAAAACAUCUUUCCUGGGCCUUCCUGGCUGUGCUGAGGCGUCCCUGGCUCCAGCGGAGUCCAUUGCUCAGCCCCGAGGCACAGGAAACUGCUGUGCCAAAGCGUCUACCAUUGCAAUCCUGGCAGCAGAGCGUCACUGCCUCAUCCCUGCUUCCCUGUCUGCCGGAGCCUGCUUCCUCCUGCCUCGUCUCGCACAUGCUGCCAGCUCCAGGGAGCUGAUCCCGGCCCCCUCUCCAGACCGCCGGCAGGCUGCCUGUGGCACAGCGGGACACAGCCGCUCCCACAGCACCUGCUCAGGAGGUACCUGCUGUGGGUCCAAAGGGUCGGUCUGAUCCCCAGCACGGAGCAGGAUGGCCCCAGCACAGUCCAACCAGCUCCAGACCAGCCGUCUCUGCAUGCUGGGGGUGUUGCAGUCCCCAGCCCCAGCUUGGUAUUGGAGGAGCAGACACGUAAGGGACCCUGCUCUCUGGGAGCAAAGCCGUGGUAAAGGGAAUGUCCCUUCCUGGGGUCAUGCUGUGAGUGGGGCUGGGAGCAGCCCACCCAGCAUACCGGCUUAGUGUGUGUCCCCAGGGGUCCUGGGGAGCCAGCACAGCUCCUGUGCCUGAGGGCAGGGCAGGAGUGGAGGGGCUAGACCCCUGUGUGUCCCUGGGGAGCCGCGUGGGGCUCACCCACCUCUCUGUUGUGCUUGUCCUGUCCCCUCCUGUGCACACUCGUCCCAGCUGUGUCCCAAGCAAUAACUC